AUGUUUGAGUCUCGUGAGCGGGCAAACCCCGAACCACUUCAAGAUGACGUUGAGAUGAGCCUGGACUAUGCACAUGCUCACGUACCAGCCUCAGGAUCGACUCUACUCCCGCGGCCAGUCGCGUCGUUAAUAUCGUUGAUUACCCAGUCAACGUCGCUAUCAUUGCGACUGGGCACAUUCUUUGGCGGGGCUGCCCUGGAUGGCGCGCGAGCCACGACUUUGACCAGCUUGGAACUAAGCCGGGCGUUGGUCGAAGGGAUCUUGACAAGGGCAGGACGAGACGUCGCUACUCGUAGUAGUGAUGAUCAUGGUAGGGCAGAGGUGGAAUCUCUCCUCGAGAGAAGUUUGGCGGCACUCCACACAACAGUAACUUCAGCGUCAUUUUUCGCCGCAGCGACUUUCCAUUUCUCGUCGACCACUUUGUCUUCAAUCUCAAACCUCUCGCAGGCACUUUUGUCUACUUUGGACGCCAUUCUUGGGUCCACCGAGUCUUCAAGGGCCAUUGCCGCCAUAAUCACGCUCAUUCGGCGUGAGUUUAGAUCAGUUGAGCCCGGUGCAAAUACCGAGAACAUUGGCGUUGGUGAUCUACUCGUCGGCUCUCUAGGAUUUGCACUAUUGCAGCGUUGGGGUAAGAAAAGCACCGAAAGGCAGCUGCGCGAGAAUGGAGGGGACGAGACAAUUUGGGAUGUGGUCAUCCUGGACAACGGCGCAAGAGCAGACGUGAUCGGGUCCCAUCAGCUGCAGUUCCCCAGUCGGGAGACUGAGGAGUCGGUUGAGCCUGGCAGUGCUUCUUUUGUGAUGCCUGGGAAUGACGAGGAAACUUUUGGUGCAGUCCGACGGUCGAGCGUUAACGACCCUUCAGACCCUCGUCUCUCUCUUCCAUUGAGUGGCCAGGGGCAAGCCUCGGAUGAGGAUAUCCGUGCUUAUAUCAUGAGCCAACUCCCUCAGGGUUGCCAUGCGUCCAUCAGAUCGGAGGUCCAGACGGCGCGAACGAUCACAGUCGAUAUCUACGAUGAUGAUAUGGCAGAGAUCGCCCCGCCACCUGGGACUGAAAUGAUCGCGGAGAGAUUCCAUCAUGAUCAAGACUACAGCGAUACAGGUAUCGCCAACAGUCGGAGACGGCAGCCCAGGCAUACUGUGGUAUUCAGAACAGCCUUCAACAAAUCUCAGAGCACUCAGCUGCGACCUCAUGGUGGCUCCGGGAUUGUUGAUCUGCCUGGAUCGGAAAGCUAUAAACGUCCAUUGCCAGACAGCCCAUUGCUUACAGUGAAGUCUCCUUCUGACCGGUCGCACUCGAAUCCUGAUGUCAAGCAUGGCAUUUCACACAAACGCCGCGAGAUAACUCCCGAAUCUCCGUCGGUAUCUCCUAAAUCUGGACUCAGCAAAGCUACGUUGUCGAAGUUUGCACAGAGGGUCAAGCCAGCUGGUCUGGAAAGAAACGAAACCAAGCGUCCGCCACCGAAGAAGCCAGCCCCAAAAGCCGCUGGCUCAUCGGGGAUGUCUGUUCCCCGUCUACCGCCCAGGCCUACGAAGGGAACUACAUCAGCGAAUCAAACUACUGCACAGGAAGUCUCUAGUAGACCCGAUGUCAAAAAGACCCAUAGUGAGCCUCUGAGCCAUCGGCCGACAACCCCUGUUUCAAGUAGAAAUUUGCGAAGGCCAUCGUUCCAAAACGGCCCCCAGAGCCUCUCGCCACAGUCUCAAGCAAAACAUGCGCCACCGCAUUAUGCCUCUCGUGGCUCACGAGGGAGCCAUUUUGCAAUGCGGGAGAAGAGUCAAGAGUCCCUCCUCACUCAAACCGAGACAUUCCUCUCACGCCGUGGGAUUGGCAUGCGGCCUGGAUCACCUUCCGCAGCCCGAACGCACGUUCGUAGCAGCAGUUCCAUGUCUGUGACUAGGUCUGAAACAGAGGGCACGGUCCCAGCGAAUGAUAGCCGUCCCGGUUCCUCGGCUCUACACCGCAGGUCCCAAUCAUAUACACCCAGCCUAUAUUCCCUAGCAACGGCAGGUUCCGAAACGUCGCUGCUUCUUGCCCAUCGGCCUCGCAAAAGCGCAUAUGAAGAUAUGGAAACCAUCCAGGCCCUCAACCGUGAUGGAUUCGUUCCAGGUAUCUUUCCGGAGAGGCAUUUUGUGCAGAACAUCCGCCGGUUCUGCCGGUUCUCCGCUGCCUCAUAUGGCUCCAAUGCACUCAAGGUCAUGGGUGUACCCAGAGACCCGAAGACUCUUCUCCCUAGUACCCGGUCAGACGGCCACGAGCAUAGUGCUUUCUCGGAGAAUGCAGGUCUCCCACCCUCUACGAUUCUCCUAUCGUCCUUCGUCGAUCCAGCCGGUGGCUCAAACGCAGCCGGCGAGACAGAAACAGGCUUCCCGCUAGUUCACUAUCUAUCCAUCGACCACGACUCCAAAGCCAUAGUCCUGACCCUUCGCGGAACCUGGGGCUUCGAGGACAUCCUCACCGACAUGACCUGCGAGUACGACAAUCUAGAAUGGCAAGGCAGAAGCUGGAAAGUACACAAAGGCAUGCACAGCUCCGCCAAACGUCUCCUGGAAGGCGGCGGCGGCCGCGUGAUGAUCACCCUCCGCGCCGCUCUCGAAGAAUUCCAAGACUACGGCAUAGUCCUCUGCGGCCACUCCCUCGGCGGCGGCGUCGCCGCCCUCCUCGCAACAAUGAUCUCAGAACCCAACCCCUCCCCAACAGGCACCUCCUUCGUAACAGCCUCCUACCAAUCUGCCACGCGUCCCCGUCUCCUAGCCACAGACAACAACCCAAAUCCACACCCCAGCCCGCCAACCUACACCCUCCCCGCAAACCGCCCAAUUCACGUCUACGCCUACGGACCCCCAGCCUGCAUGUCCCCCUUCCUCCGCCUCGCCACCCGAGGCCUAAUAACAACAAUCGUCAACGGCUCAGACAUAGUCCCCAGUCUGUCCCUGGGGAUUCUGCACGACAUGCACACGGCGUCAGUAUCCUUCAAGGACGACGCGGUAGGUGCCAAAGCGCACAUCCGUCAGCGCCUCCGCGACUCGCUCCGUCAGAGCAUCAUUCACAAAUUCUACGUCAAUCAGCCGCCGCUGGUCGUUAAUGCCGGUGACGGUGUUGGCGAGGACGCCUGGGCAUGGAAGACGCUGCGGCUGUUGCGGGAUGAGAUGCGUGCGCCGAAACUCAUGCCGCCGGGUGAGGUGUUUGUCGUUGAGACUAUGCGCGUGCUGCAGCGGGAUGCCUUUACGGCUCCUGAUCUGGGGUGCGAUGGGUAUCCAAGGUUGGGAAGGCCGGCGACGCGCGUGCAGCUUCGGUUUAUUAGGGAUGUUGAUGCUUGGUUUGGGGAGUUGAGGUUUGCUGGGGGGAUGUUGAGUGAUCAUAAUCCGGCGAGGUAUGAGGCUAGUCUUGCUGCGAUGGCGAGGGGGGUUUUGGAUGAGUAG